GGCCCCGCGCAGGCGCGUCCCGGUGGCGGCGGGCCCGGGCCGCCCCUUCCUGGUCGGUCGCGGCGAGGAGCGUCAGGGGGAGCGGGGCGAUGCUGCUGGUGCUGUCGGAGGAGCAGAAGGCCCACCUGGGCUGCCUGCCGCGGGCGGGCGGCGCAGCCGUCGGCGAGCUGGGGCGCCUGGCGCUGGAGCUGCUGCGGCGGGGCGCGGCGCCGCGGGCCUGCGAGGCCGCCGCCAGAAAGCUUAACGUCGGUGUUGACACCGUCCAGCAUGGGGUGGAAGGACUCACAUAUCUUCUCACUGAAAGCUCCAAGCUUAUGAUUUCGGAGACAGACUUCCAAGAUUCCAUUCAUGUUCUGGGAUUCUCAGAUGAACUGAACAAAUUAUUGCUGCAGCUGUACCUCGAUAACAGGAAAGAGAUUAGAAGCAUUCUUGGUGAGCUGACACCGAAGCUUCCCAGCUAUCACAAUCUGGAAUGGAGACUGGAUGUGCAGCUUGCAAGCAGAAGUUUGAGACAACAGAUUAAGCCUGCUGUGACUAUAAAGCUACAUCUUAAUCAGCAUGAAGAUCAAACUGCCCAGGUGUUGCAAACCGACCCGUCUACCCUCCUCCACCUAAUACAGCAACUGGAACAAGCACUAGGGGAAAUGAAAACCAACCACUGCAGGAGAAUAGUGCGCAACAUGAAAUAGUAUUGAUUCAUGGCCAUUGUUGUAGUAAGCGGUUUGUGGAACAACUAAAAACAAAGUUCACAAAUACAUUUUGAGGAAAAAUAAACAUCUGGAUCAGAUGGAAUGCUUUCCUGUGCCAGGAUCUUGAGCCAGUAAUUAGAGGCUGAAUGUCCUCUGGUGCUAACUUUGCGCACCUGCCUGAUAUGAGAUUGGUCAUUGGUUUUGCUUACUUGCACAUGUAGAAGUUCAGCGUGCUGUGCUGAGAAUUUCUUUUGCUCUAAAUUAGUAUAGUUCUACUUGAAGAGCUUUCCUACAUUAAGUAGAGCUGUCUCAAUAUUAUAUGAAGCUGCACAUUUAUUUUUACAUUUAUGAAGUAGGUAUUUUUCUUGAUUUUGCAUCUGUUCUGAAUUUUUUUAAAAAGACCCUAUACUGUUGGGAAUGAUACUUUACAGGAAUGUUUCUUCCAGCAGACUCAUGCAUAUGUAAGAGUACAGGUGGGACUACUGCCCUCCAGAGGAUUCAGUCAACUCAGGGGCUGGGUGUUGCACUGCGUUUCUACCCUUCCUGCAUGACGACAGAAAGUGUAACCAAGCUAACGCUCCUAUUCUAAGAAAGCUACCUAUAACCCCUACUAGGUAGUCUCAUGCUUUCUGCAGGUAGCAGGUACCAUAGAAAACCCAGUGGCCUAAACAUAAGUUAGUGUACUGCUUAUUUCUAUAUGUAAAGGUGAUCUGAAAAAUUGCAGAAGUAAAAUGAUGGGCUAGGAGGCAGAUUAAAUAGUUUUACUUAUGAAUGUUUUACUGUCACUAGUGAGAGUGCAUCAUUAGUCCCUUAAAGUAUAUUGGAGAGGGCAGAUAGGCCAGAGAGAACCUUAAUGUACAGAUUCUGGCAAUAACUGUAUAUUUACUGUCUUUCCUAUUAACACGAUACAUUUCUGUAAUAAUUGGGUUCCCACAUUCACAAAUGCAUUAUUUUCUUAUUCUUUUGAAUUUUUAUACUAUUUCAAAUGAAACCUGCAUAGCAGAAGUGCUUAAAUCAAUAACACUUAGAAAAAGUCAGUUUUCUAGAAUAUGGAGUUGCUUAUUCUUUACAUGGCUUGGUGAUGGUGUGAACAAACUUAAUUUCCUCUUGCGUAUGUGAAUCAGCCAUGUGUUUCAUUUACCAUCCAUAUGCGGUGAUUUUUUUUCUUCGCAUCUAGUUUGUGGUAAUUAAAUGCGAUCAAAUGUUACUACUUGGGAUUUAUGAUGAGUAUUUUUGCAUGUAAUUGGUGUACAUUUUCAGGUGAAAUAUAAGAACAACCUCUGUGUAGGACAGUACUUUCUCUUUAUUCCAUGUCUCCUAACUCUCCUGAUACAACUCAUGGCAGCAAAAUACAAUUCUAGAUACCAGCCCUGGAACGUUUUCAUGUCUCAUCUCACUACUGCCCUAUGAAUCUGAACAUAUUUAACUUUCUGUCUCUUAAACUUCUUAAAAAAAGAAAACUAGUUGCCGUAGAGCUAGUUGGCAUCAUGGUAAAUGCUGGCAAUUUAUGUGUGUGUCCUGUCCUGAAGCAUGUGCUAGAAGAGAAGGGGAGGGUUUCUGUCAGUGAUCAGGAGUAAAACGGACAGUUUAAAGUGGAUUUUUUGAAUACGGAAUGUCAUUAGAAAGCCUGCAUAUUCAUUUUUUGAAGCUUAUUACAAUAGUGUAGAAGUAAGAACUGUGACACUGAAUGGUCUUGUUUCCUGUAACAAAACAUGAUCUGAAUUGAGGAUGGUCAAGGUUAAACUUCAAAGUGGGGUGAAAUGUAAAACGCAAACUCUGGCAGUGAUCCAUGAACAAACUCUAGAAAAAAAGUAAGGAGAAAGAUCCUUUACACCAAGUGUGUUGCUUUUGAAUUGUCCUUUUCAGUUCUGGGGAGAAGUACUGAGCCUGGAAAAGCAGCUUCUUGGCAGCUAGUGAUUUCAGCGUAAUUACUGGAAAGGUAGACUUGCCCCUCUCUGCGGUUAAAACGGGUCUUCCUACAGCUCUGCUGUUCCCCUUCGCCCUGUCUCCGGAGCACAGACAGCAGCUACUGAGGGCUCAGAGGCUGCAGACAGAAGUGCUGAUGUGCAGACAGCAGUACGGUGGCUAAAACAACGCUUAAACUGCCGUUGAUGGAAUGGCACUGAUGGGAGUUACCAAGAUGGGAACUGUGCUAUUUGUAUAGCUGCUGUGUUGUAGAGCAGUGGAAGCUGGAGAGUGAAAAAGCAUCCACCUCAUUAACCCAUAGAUAGUGGUAAAAUAAGAAUUCACCCGUGGAUGUGGAUUUUUCCAGUUUUAAUGUAAACUCUAUCCAAAAUUAAAGGUGAUAUAUAAAGCUAUAUUUAAUAUAACUUGUUUCCUCUCAUGUGCUUUGUAGAAACCCUUGAACAAGACAUGGAGAGUACAGAGCAUUAUUCACAAGCUAUUAAAAAAAAAAUAUGUUGCUACUUCUAACCCAUUUUAUUUUUAAUAGGCUUUUUAAAAUUUGCUGUGGUAUCUAGCCUCAAAAUCAAAGUUAAAUUUGAGGCCAUUUCUCUACUGGUUUGUUGUUUGUUUGUUUUUUUUCCAAGCCUGGAAGAACUGGAUGCUGACUUUCUAACAGAAAAAACUGACUUUCAACUUACCUCUUAAAAAGUUAAGUAACUUUUUUUUCAAAGUGACUAAUCAAAUUUGAUUUGUAGACAGUACAGCAUUUUCAUCUUCAAGCCAUUUACAAACAUAAUUAAGUUCUGAAUAAUCUGUGAGGAAGCAGAGUGUAUUACUACUUCACCUUUAGAAAUCUAUGAAGUAUGGAACAUAAUCUGUUACCCUCAGGGUAGAACUUCUGUAUGGUUUGUUUUACUGGAAAAUUAACUUUGUUCUGCAGAACGGCUCUUCCGGUCUGUGUCAGGAACUUUUGGCUUUAUGAAGUAAGCAGCUUGCACGUGGCUUCCUGGCACCUUUUUGACAGACCACUAAAUUCAGGUGAAUUUUACGUCAGUGCAGAGUUCCAAGUGCACAGAAAAACUAAAAAUCCAACUAGUUUAAGCAUAAACUAUUUUCUUAAAAGCAGAGCUCGGCUCAGCCCUUAAGCUAUACACUUCUCAAUGGAUUUUUGUCCCAGUUUAUUUUUUCCUGGUUUAAACAGCAGGGGGCAGAAAGCUUGGUUUUUUUAUAUUCUACAAAGGAGAAGUUUCACUAUACAGUCAUUUUCAGUGAUAUUCAUACAAUCAUAUUCAGAUAAGAAUAGUUUAUAGUCUCAAGAUUUAGCUUGGAAUAUAUUUCACCUUGUAUUUUCCAAAUUCAUGAUCAAUUUUAAACUGAAAACAAUAAACCUUCCAGUUUUCAACCACUGUAAAACAUUGUUUCUUGAAUCUGCUAAUUUGCUAAGCUACUUAGCAAAGAAAAUAAUAUAAUCCAAUUCUUAAAACUCAGGAUGAUGUAAUUUGUUUGGUGGUGUAAAAUGUUUAUAUUGUUUUAAGCACUGAGGAAGCUCAAGAAGCCAUGCUUUUCCUCCUCCUGUCUUUUUUUUUUUUUUUAAUCCUUUUGAAUGAACUUUGUAUGAACACUGUGGGCUUCAUAAAAUAUAUUGCUUAAGUUCCUGAUCCAAGUUUUAACCAACUCCCCAUCUCUGAAGCAUAUUUAGAUUCUCCUACAAGCUUUAUUUUCUUGUACUUUUGCUUGUUCCUGCCACUCUUUCUUGCAAACUUUUAAUGUACUAAAUACUUUUCCACCUUCUAACUGGCCAAUUAAUGAGAUGUUCCUUGAAUUAUAUGAGGAAAAUUGUUUUCAUUUAAACAGCUAUGGAGUUAGUUAGAUAUACAUGUAUAUAAAUAAAAUCAGUAUCUGAACUUUGGAUUAGGCCUACAAUUCUCAUUUAACAGAAACCCCACUGAACUAUGAUUUUGUCUUAACACUGUAUUUUUAAUUUAAUUUUAAAGUAUUACACUUUUUUAAAAUUUAGUGCUGUUUAUGAAAUGUGUACACGUAUAGGCUAAAAGGUAUGAAUGGUGAUUUUGUUUCAGUUCCAGUUUUUAUAAGAAUGCCUAUUUCCUAUACUAUGACUUUGUAAUAUUAACAAUAGAUAGUGCGUAGGAAAGGAAGUCUAAGAUUAGGAAUAACCUGGCAAACCUCCAUGGGUAAAGCUUUGCUGUUUCUUACUUAUCUAAAUAAAGGGAAGGAAGUCUCCUGUCGCUCUGUGCUUGGCUUUGUGGUCAAGGUCAGGUGUAUUACAGCACAGCCUCUUUUUUUAAAUACUCACUGAUUUUAUUUUCAAGAUAAGUAUAAAUUGUGGUAGUUUGGUUACUGCAGUUGUAUCUUGAAAUCUGAAAUUUCACUUGCUCAUCAGAUUAUUUGUAUCAAUAGAAAACACUAUUAUUUCAUUUAGGGUUGUGGGUUUUGAUUUAUUUGAAGUGCGUCAGGUUUUAAACCUUACCAGUAGUUCUACUGAAGAUGGAGUAGUGAGCAGACUGCUUUUACGUGCAUAAAAGUGCCUUUUUUACUGUGAUUGUGUAAUAGAAUUUUAGAAUACCUUUUAGGAAUCACAAUGAUCAUCAGCUUUAUGACUUGCUUAUUCUAGAUAUAUAAGGACAGGCUAUCUGUCAAAUAAAUGAAGUUUGUAAGAGGAACGCUACUCUAAAAUAGCUGCAUGCCGAUUGUCACAAAAUGUAAAUAUUCAGGGCUAAAAUACAAACCAUAGCGUCUAAAUAUGCUGCCAAACGCAUUCAAUACAUUUCUUCCCACCAUUAAAUACUUAAGAACCUUCUGCUGAUCUUACUCUUUCCCUGUCCAUAGCUAGUGCUCUGUCAAAAUGUUAUUUUUUUGGCAAAAGGAAAACUUAAGUAUACAGAAUAACACUAAAUUUCACUUUAUGGAACCUUUACUUGCUCCACAGUGUGCUUGUGUGUGCAUGAACAUUCAAAGUAGUAUCCUAGUGCUCCUAACAAAUACUUAAAGUAUUAGAGCUGCGGAAGUCGGGAAACUUCUCUGCUAGGCCUUUCAUGCAUCAUGUGUUCCUAGAUCUACCAUAAGAUAACAGAAAAAAAUCCCGUCCUGUUAGGUUUGUCUUUUGCAGAAGCCCUGAGAAAUCCCUCAGUUGGUACUUCUACUAUUAUUGAGACAAAAUCUUUCGUAAACAUUUUUGUUCUGAAUUUCAGGACAGGACAUUUUGGUUAAUAAUUUGAAACGGGUGGCCUUUAAAAUCACCAUUGUUUAUACUUUUCUACACAUCCAAAAGUACCUUCCAGAUAAUAAUUUCCAGAUGUAAGAAUUCACAAGUUUGCCAAAUACUUCUCAGUUGUUGCUGGGGAUUGCAGCUUUGGAUUUUGCUGACCGACUGUUAACAGUCUGAAGUGGGAAGUGUGAACACGCGGGGGAGCCAUCUCGGCCUAUAGCGUUGGUGAAGCUGGUCUACUGCAGUUGGCUAACUUUGCAUGAACCCAGACCGUGCAUAAAGCAUUUGGAUGUUCCCUUUGGUCAGCUGAGCCCUCUUGGACAGUAACAUCCAGGUACCAGAUGGCUGCAAGUAGUUUGAGGGAUGAGAGCAACUCGAACUCUCCCAAGUAGACCUAAGAUAAGAUAGUCGCUUGGAGAACCAAGAGUUCAAGCCCCAACAAAGCUAACUUGAGAUCUUUUGGAAACUCUGUUACAGAAAAAAAAAAAGACAAGAUGUAGUCAUUUGUCUUGAUUUUUCAAUUAUUAGAGGUUGUGGCACUUUGUAAAAAAAGAUUGUCUUCAGUGAUCUUUGCUUCUUCGCGUGAUCUGAAUAUCAAGGGAAUCUUCUCCUAACCGUGGCCAAUUUAGGAAUGUGUUGUAAAAUCUCGUAUCACAAAGAAAUCUAGCAUACGGUCUCAUAGUAGAUGCAAUCAAGAAUCCAUAAGAAAGCAAGCUACAUGCCUUUUAUAAAUCAGUCAGUAAAUAUCCUGAAAAGGAUGCAUGCAUUUUGAGUACUUCUAUUUAGGUUGGUUUUACCAUACCAAGUGUUAUUUUUCAUCCUUCUUGAAUAAAUUCUAUAAUCACA